AUGUCUGCGCCCGAGGAUGGGAGCUCGGCCUCGGCCGGGCCAGGGGCCAGCGCGGCCUCGCAGCCCGUCGAGGGGGCGGCCGGCGGGCCGAGCCAGCGAGCCAAGGCGAAGGCGAAGCAGAAGCGCUACCACCGCCACCCCAAGCCCCCCUACACCUACCUGGCCAUGAUCGCGCUGGUCAUCCGCGCCGCCCCCGAGCGCAGGCUCAAGCUCUCGCAGAUCAUCAAGGAGAUCAGCACCCUCUUCCCCUUCUUCAAGGAGGGCUACCAGGGCUGGAAGGACUCCAUCCGGCACAACCUCUCCUCCAAUGACUGCUUCCACAAGGUGCUGAAAGAUCCAGCCAAGCCCAAGGCCAAAGGGAAUUUCUGGACCGUCGAUGUGGACCGCAUCCCACCGGAGGCCCUCAAGUUGCAGAACACGCCCGUCUCCCGCCAAGAGGAGAGGACUUUUGUGGUGGAUCUUGCCCCCUACGUGUACCACGGCUGGCCUUUCAGCUGCUCCCAGGCUCCUCACAACACCUCUGCCUCAGACGGCAGCUCAGGCCUGACAGGCGAAGGGGCUCCCCAAAACACCCCCUUCUCCAUUGACUCCUUGCUCAGUGAUUUCCAGGAUGUUGGCCUGGGGGGGAAGCCCAGAGCGGGGGCUGAAGCACCGCAUACCCCUACUGCUGCCCUGGAUUUCUGGGGCCCAGUCCCCAUCUUCCGUGUCUCAUCAGGCCCACCUCUGCUGCCCUGGAGGCCUUCGGGCCCCCUGCCAGCCCUCCGUUCCUUUUCUUCCUCCAGCAGUCUGUCUUCCCACGGCUCCUCGUCCCCAAAGGGAAGAGAGGCAGGGAGACGGCAUCCCAAGAAGGUGCAGAGCCGGCAUGCUCUGGCCAAGCGCCCCAGGGUCCACCAGGCCCCAGAGAGCAGCGGCUCUGACUCGGGGGAUGACACACCCCCUCCCUUGCCACCACCUGCCCCGCACUGGGAGCAGCUGCCCACCUCUUACAGCAAGUGUGUGGCCCCCAACGUGGUGGCCCCCUCGAGCCCCUUCUCAGCCUUCUCUGCAGUCCCAGGCCAGCCUUUCUAUGGCCCCAUGCCCUCUGGAAGCCCCUUGUCCUGGGAGCUGAUGCCAGGCCCUUCCAUACAGCCCAGCCCACCACCAAGGCUCCCUCUGGAGCUGGACCAGACCAUGCCUCCAAACAAAACUGUGUUUGAUGUGUGGAUGACCCACCCGUUGGAUAUCAUCCAGCCAGCCUUUGCCGGGGCUGGCCUGUGUCCCAGGAGGGCUGUGCUGACCCACUAUGACCCCUCCUGA